UCGUCCUGUCGGAAACAACCUUGGCCAUGUAAAACGGAGAAAGAAUCACCCCGUGACCACCAACGGAAGUACGGGAAGGUAGUCUUUUCCACGCGUACCUCCAUUGAAUCAAAAGACACCACAACAGAUUAGCAAGCCCGCGAGGAUUAUCUCGUCUCACGAUGACCGUGAUACAGGCACCAAAACGAAGCGGUCGGAAAGCGAGACCCACGGUACUGCUAACGGGCUGCUUAGCGGUCAGCUUUCUGGGCGCCGCACUGAUAGUCUUCGUAAGUCGCUACGAUGCUCCGCCUUCGUCGUUGCCGUCGGCCGACAAAAGUGCGAAUUCUCUUAGAGAUGCACCCAAGCCGUCCAUGAUGAGCACCACAGCAAGGGAACAACCGGCUGUGUCGUCGGUUACCCGUCCCGUCGUAGAAGGUGUCCCUACCGGGUCCUAUCCCUACAAGGAUACCGCUGCCUGUGCGGGUUUGACCAACCAAGGUCACUCAGAACACCAGUGUUCCAUUCAUUACCCGCUCGUAAUAGAUAAACAAGGCAACCUACGGUCGGACGACAGCAAUUCACUUUCUUCGCAAUCGGAUUUCUAUAUCGUUACACGCAAAGGCGAUAAAGAUGGUGUUUACCCCAUGCCGUUGCCCAAUCAGGAUCGGUUGGUUAUGCUGAAUCCGGUCACGGUCUCUACCGAUCGAGAAGAGUCAGCGUCCGACAGCGUGUUUGUCAUGCUGGCGGAUGGGCACGGUGAGUUUGGCCACGAUUGUGCAGAUGUGGCUAGCAAAGAGUUGCCGUCGCGUUUUCUGAACGCUGUGACCGAUUCACUUCCAACGGCCGACGACACCGAAACGGCAAUCCGCGAUGCUUUGCGAAACGCGUUUUUGCAAACAGACGCGGGUCCACUGGAACCUUUUGCUGAGGCAGGGACCACCGCCAUUGCAAUGUUCAAACACAAAUCCAAAGUAUAUUUGGCUUCGACGGGUGAUUCCACUGCCUUGGUCGGCAGGUACAGCAAGGAUCACAUUGUGUCUAUAGAAAAACAAGCCGUCCAUCAUAAACCGUCCGAUUCAGAUGAGCGCGUGCGAAUCGAAGCGGCUGGUGGGACGGUGAUUGUGCCUGCAGAUCCAUCCCUUACUAGCCGAGUAGUGAUUGGAAUGUCUGCUCUGGCCAUGUCUCGAUCCUUGGGUGAUACCGAAGGCAAACGAGCCGGCUAUUUGACGGCGGAACCUAGUGUUCAAGUUCUGGAUCUAUCAGAAUACGACGAAGCGGAUACGUUUUUUCUCCUGGCGGCGACGGAUGGAGUCGUGGAUUUCCUCGACUUGAAGGAGAUUGUCCAAGCAAUCGGCCAUGCAAUGUACGGCCCACCCGGGAAGGAAACUUCCAAUCUACCCAAUACCGUGAAGCGUAUCAUGGAGAACGCGUCACAGCAAUGGUUUGCUCGAACAAGCGGUACUUAUCGGGAUGAUAUGAGUUUGGCAGUGACCAAGAUUCGACGAUAG